CUCUAGAGACCCGUGGAUUCGAUAUUUAUCACUUGAGCCACUAUACUGCAGUCCCUUUCAUUGGUUACACUUGGCCAUUGUUAGGUGUUGUGUCGUAGCGAGUCAAGUUUUUGGCGCCGUUGCCGGGGACUUUCUAGAGUAUUAGGAAAGGCAGAAGUUUGUUACUUUAGCGUUUUUCGUUUCUUUUCUUUUCCACCCUUGCUUUUCACUUGGGUGUUUUUGUUUUUGUUGGUGCAGAUCUGAAUCAUGGAUCCUAAUGGCUUCUCCAAUCAUUGGGGGUAUCCACCGCCAUCUGGGUGGUAUUACCCCGAGACUCCGUGGAGCAAUCAAGGCGGAGAAGACUAUGGAUUCGGGUUCCAGUACCAACCCCCUUACUACGGAGAACAACCGGACCCCUGGGCAUAUCAAGAACAACCUCAUUAUCAAGAAGAAUUUCUCCCACAACCGGAAGGGCCAUCGGCGCUGGAGUUACUCAUGGAGCAGUAUGCUCGAGACUGUGAGAGAACAUGCUCCAGGAUGGAUCAGUGUGUCCAUGCCUAUCGUGAAACAGAUGAGAUCCUCCUGAGCCUUAAGAAGAGCGUCGAUGAUCUUGAGCGAUCUUGGGCGCAACCUGCUCCAGAUCACCCUUCUGCUACCAUACAAGAAGAGGAGGAGGAAGAAGAAGGCUACAAGGGCAUUGUGGAACACACUGAAGUUGUCACGGAGAGCUCCCGUGAUGAUCAUGAUCAGGCCUGUCAUGUCGUAGCCGACCACACCUUCCCACACCCCAACCAGAGCUUUGAAGAGGCGGGCAUGAGUGAGGAGAUGCAAGAAGAUCUCAUGAAAGAAAUUGCUUGGCAACUUGCUCUCCAAUCCGUGCUAGAAGAAGAAGAGAAAGAAAGGGUGCAGAAAGAAGUUGUGGAGGAUGAAGAAAGUGAAGCAGGAGGAGUUCUUGAUCAUUUCCCAGGGGUGAUACCACACGAACAAGUAAGGGAGGUUGAAGAAGCAAUUGGCGUCCAGGCUGAGGACGGAGUUCAGGUGGAAGAGGCCUGCACCGGCCAUGAGUUACAUGUGAUAUCUCCACCAAACUUUGAGGAACUGCUUAGCAAGGACCCAUUUGCAGUGUCUCUUUGCCAGACCAAGGCCACCUCGACAUCGGUCCCUCUUGGUGGACGUGAUGGUGGCCAAUCGAUGCUGUCAUAUCUGGUUUGGGGCAAUGAGACGAGAGAAGAGAAGAAGAGGUCUCGAGGGUGGAGACUUCAUCUGCAUCAAGUGCACGAGCCUUCAUCACCUGCCACACCACAUGCUCGUGACUUGAGACUCCACCUCAUCGACGAGAACCUCAACUUCAAGGAGGUUCUAGCAUGGACCGAAACUUAGGAGCCAUCGUCCGGCUCACGACGUGAAAGAAGCGCUUGUUGGGAGGCAACCCAACCAGUCGGUUUGCAUUUCUUUCUCUAUUUCUCCUCGGUUGAGUCAGUUUUGUUAUUUGAUUUUAGAGUCAAUAACUCAACCUUUGUGAG